AUGGCUAACAUCUUGGUGGCCUGUUCUGCAGCUUUCACUCUGUUCACACUCUUCAUCACAAGCUCUUCGGCCGAGCAGUUCAAGGUCGGCGGCGAGGACAGCUGGCGGCUGCCGGCCGCCAACGAGACCGACACGUACGCCCGCUGGGCUGCCACCCUGAGAUUCCACGUCGGAGAUUCUCUUCAUUUCAAGUACGAAAACGACACGGUGGCAGUUGUCGACAAGUGGGGAUAUUACCACUGUAACUCGAGCCGUGCCGUAACAGUUUUCAAGGACGGGAACACGGUGAUCAAGCUGGAGCGACCCGGCCCGGUUUAUUUCACUAGUGCCGACCCGAAUCACUGCAAAAACGGGCAGCGGCUAAUGGUGGAGGUGAUGGCCCUGCACUCGGAUUAUCGAGCCCCACCGGGAGAUGUAUCCCCUGCACCAUCUCCGAAAUCGGGAGCACGAUCUUUCUUUGUGGGCCCACGAAUUGUCUUCUGUUGUGUGGCUGUAAUUGCUGUCUCGAUUAUUAUGUAG